AGAACCAGGAGAACAUUUGCAGUUCAUCUACACAUCAAUUCAUCCAUUGGACGUGUGUGUAUGAACUCUACCAUCAACAUGAAAGGCAUCCAACUUCUCGCUGGUCUUCUGCUUUUCCUCUUUGUUCAAAACAGCACGUGCGCUCCGUUGCAAGAAGAAAACACAAGCACAGAGACAGUAGAAAGUCUUCUACCGAGAGGUCAAGAUUUCACAACCGUAAAGAGGCAUUCGGAGGGGACGUUCUCGAACGACUACAGCAAAUACCUGGAGACAAGGAGGGCGCAGGACUUUGUUCAAUGGCUCAUGAAUUCAAAGAGAAACGGUGGUCCAGCCAGACGUCAUGCUGAAGGAACCUACACCAGCGACGUCAGUUCCUACCUACAAGACCAAGCGGCCCAGAACUUUGUCGCCUGGCUAAAAUCUGGACAGCCCAAACAAGAAGGUGCAGAUCUGCCCCGCAGGAGGCACGUAGAUGGCAGUUUUACCAGUGAUGUCAACAAGGUUUUGGACAGCAUGGCUGCCAAGGAGUACUUACAAUGGGUGAUGAACUCUAAAACAUCAGGGACAAGGUAA